AUGCCUUCGCUGCUCCUUGUAGUGGGAACUGUUCUUUUCGUUUGUAUUGCUUCAUACUGUUGGCUGUGGCUUCGGAACAACAAGAAGGUUCAUCCUCAUAGCGAGAGGAUGGCAAGGAUUUUAAAGAAACACGCGGACAUGAAAAAGCAUGCCAUUUAUUUUGAAAGAUUGGAUGGGGCAACGGUACCGUGUGGUGUGUUGGAAGGAGUUGAUAUUCAAUGGAAAGAAGAAACGAGUGAUGACAACAGAUUUGAGAGUGUCGAGAAUUGGAAUUCGUGCCGAGUAGAAUUGACUGAUAGGCAGUUGAUCUGUAGUGUCUCAGGACCUCCCUAUGCUUGCCGAUUUAUACCGUUGUUUGAAAUUUAUGUUGUUUUGGGCAAUACUUCAGAAGAUGGUGCAAUAGAAUUAACAAGUUUGAAUUUGAUCACCAACAAGAAGGAAAAAAUCAUCAUUAGAAAUUCAAGUCAAUCAAUACAUUCAAACAAGCUGAAAGAGUUUACUCAAGCAUUGAAAAGGAAUGUAUUUCGAUUAACACCAACAGAAACUUUAUCUGAAUCCUCAGUAGACGAUGAGAAAAAACUCACACAAAACAAUAACAGAAAACUAAUGAUAUUUAUUAAUCCUAAAAGUGGAUCUGGUCAAUCGAUGCAAAAUUUCGAAAAAAUUGUAAAACCAAUGCUCUUGGAGAGCCACAUUGGAAACAAUUUUACAUGUAUCAUUUCGAAACAUGCUGGUCACAUUCGCGAGUAUUGCGAACAUGAAUUGGACUUGAACGUCUAUAAUGAGAUCAUUACUUGUGGAGGAGAUGGAACACUUAAUGAGGCCAUUAAUGGUAUUCUUUUAAGGCUUGAAAAAGAAGGAUCUAUUGACUUGUUGAAAAAAAUUCGUUUUUCAGUGAUACCUUCAGGUAGCGGAAAUGCAAUGAGUUCCCAUUUUCAAAAGAAUUUGAUUGGGUUCAAUGCUACUACAACAGAUUCAUGUCUCGUUAAAAGAGCAGGCCUUUUUAUUUGUCGUGGUCUUUCUAGCCCUUUGGAUGUAUGGGCAGUAUUUCAACCAAACAAAGGCCGGUCAUAUGGUAUUGCGAAUUUCAGUUAUGGAGGCAUUGCUGAUGUGGAUUUAGGGACAGAGUUUAUUCGAUUUAUAGGAGAUUUAAGAUAUAUUUUAGGAUCUAUAUAUUAUGCCUUCUUUGGAAGAUAUUAUUCUGGAAACUUGACCUGUAUAAUUCCAAAACGGUACAUGGAUCUGAAAAAACAAAACACUGUCGAUGUUUCUGAAUUUAAAUACAACCAUUCAAUUGCAAGUGCUUUCAGUGGAUCAGUGGAAACAAUAAGGGAACGUACAACAAGGCUGGACGCUCCAUUUACUAGACAUUUUUUAUCUAAAGAGCUUGUGGAAAUGGGACUUCAAAAUUAUCAUGCUGAUGGCUUUCACGAGGUGAAUUUUGAUGAAUAUGAGAAAGUUGAAGAAAAAGAUCAAGAAUAUGCCUACAUGUUCGCCAGUAACGUUUCUCAUGCAGCGGCCGAUUUUGUCGCGUCUCAUAUUUCUUUCCAUAAUGACUCCCUAAUUGAUUUAAUGUUUGUCAAGAAACCAGCUUCACCUUUCGAACUUCUUUCUAUAUUAAUGAGUUGUGAAACAGGAGAGUAUCACAAACACUCCAAGUGGAUGUAUAGAAAAAUUAAGGCAUUUUACUUUAAACCUACAUCCUCAAAGGAGAGUUAUUUAACAGUAGAUGGUGAGGCGGUUCAAUACGCUCCUAUCAUUGUGGAAAAUAUGGGAUGUAAAUUAAAUUUUGUUGGUGGUGAAAUUUUGUAA